AUGAACCCGACGGUCUGGCGGGAGUUGAGUGAGCAUUGGAGUAAGAACGAAGUCAGAGCAACUUCUUCCACCAACUCCACCAACCGCAAGAGCGACCGUAAGGGGAAGGGCAUGUACGUCCAUAACUUGGGUGCUCAGUCUUUAGCCAGUCUGGGAGAUCGCUUGGCGCAAGAAAAUGAGGGGGAGCCGGUUGAUCAUCUCCGCCUAAUAAAGACGGCGUAUACCAACAAGAAGACCGGCGAGAUUGAUGAUGGUGUUGUGAGGGAUGUGGUCACCCUUAUCGACAGUCAGAUGGAACAGGAAGUGUCUCAGCUUCAAACCGAGGAUGACGAUUCCACGGGAUCGACCGGCUUGCCUCGGGUUCGGAUCAACCAAAUCGUUGAAGCGUCGGUUCCAAAGAAGAAGGGCCGUUUGUUCGGUUUGGCUCGUCGGUCUCCCUCGGUUCCGUCUGCUUCUGCACCACCACCGUCCUAUGUUGAUCAAGAAGUCCUUCUGAGCCAGAUGAGGGACAAGGAUGCUCGCAUAUCUGCGCUGGAGUCCAUGGUGGCGAGUCAAGAGGCGGGCUGGGAGGCACAGAGGAAGCUGAACGAGCAAAUGAUGGCGAUGAUGAGGAGCAUGAACCCGAACGCCAACGUCGACUUCCCGAACAUGCCAGACCCGGACUUCCAAACCCCGUAG